UGUUGAACAUGUUCAUGCAUGCAAUUUCUUGACUUGAUCAUUUUGGGUUGUGCUUUUCUUUUCAGAUACACGUGCGCCCCGCGACAUUGCUAUCCCCUCCAGUAUUGUCCACGACGUCGAGAAUUUAUCUGCUGCUACAUGCAUGUGCUUUGCGUUGAUUUUUGGAGACAUCGAUUCAGAAAGCCGCUCAGGCUUUAACGAACGUUCCAAAUGCUGCUUGGCGCUUAAUUGGCUGCUGAUGAGGCUAUUUAUGACGUCACCCCUCCGCUCCCUCCUCCUCCUCCCCACCUCCAUCACCUCUUCCGUCUUUCUCUCCUACCCCAAGCAACAUGGCCGCUAAGUCUGAUGGAGCAGCGGUGGCUGUGGAAGAUGACAACCCGCCCAGGAGCAUCUCGGAACCAGGCCAAGCCACCCCCGCCGCCUCCACCGCGGCCGCCGCCCGGCCCCGGUGCGCCCCCGCGGGCGGACAGGCGUACACGCUGCUGGACUGCUGCUGGGUACUGUGCGCCCUUCUCGUCUUCUUCACCGACGGUGCCACCGACCUGUGGCUGGCCGCCGACUACUACCUGCGAGACGACUACUGGUGGUUCGGCCUGACGCUAGUCUUCGUCGUGGUGCCGUCCGCCGUCGUGCAGGUCCUCAGUUUCAGGUGGUUCGUGUACGACUACUCGGAGCUGAGCGGCGCGGACGCAGCGGCGGGAGCGGCGAGCGAAGCAACGAGCGACGCCGCUGUCGGUACCAAGGACAGCGACCAGCGCGGCGCGGGUGCGGCGGCGAGCAACGCGGCGAACGCGACCGCCGUCCCCGCGCCCUCUUGCGCCUCCGCAGCGACCGAGAGAGGCGGGCGACCACGGAGAUGUUGCACGGUCUGCAUGUGGGUCUUUCAAACGGUGCUCCACGCCUUACAGCUGGGACAAGUGUGGAGGUAUAUCCACGCACUCUUCGUGGGCGCUCAGAGUCGCUGGCACGGUGACGGUUCCCACAACCGUUUCCACUGGCGGCUAAUGUUUGAGAGCGCCGACAUAACCAUGCUUCGUCUCCUGGAGGCAUUCCUCAAGUCGGCGCCGCAGCUUGUCCUUCAGCUAAGCAUCAUGAUCCAUGGAAACGCCGUCCUCCCGCUGCAAGGUCUAUCGGCCUCGGCCUCUCUGGUGUCGCUGGCCUGGAUGAUCGCAUCCUAUCAGAAGGUUCUGAGGGAUUCGCGUGAUGACAAGCUGCCCAUGUCCUACAAGGCCGUCAUCGCCCAGAUCCUCUGGCACUUGUUCACCAUCGGGGCCAGGACCGUGGCCUUUGCCCUCUUCGCUUCCGUCUUCCAGCUCUAUUUUGGAAUAUUCAUCGUCAGUCACUGGUGUAUAAUGACAUUCUGGAUAAUCCAAGGUGAGACUGACUUCUGCAUGUCCAAGUGGGAGGAGAUCAUCUACAACAUGGUGGUGGGCAUCAUCUACAUCUUCUGCUGGUUCAACGUCAAGGAGGGGCCCAGCCGCCUCCGCAUGACUGUCUACUACACGGUAACGCUGGUGGAAAACGUGGCCCUGACGGCCGCCUGGUACACAUACCGUGGGCCUCACACCUCCGACUCGUACGCUCUGGUGGUGGUGUGCCUGGUGGCCUGCAGCUUCGCCUUGGGGACUUUCUUCAUGUUGGUCUACUACUGCUGGCUGCAUCCUGACGGGCCAGUGCUGGGCACAAAUUGGGGAGGGUGCGUGGAUGAGGGGAUAGUGAGCGCAAGCGGCGUGGUGGGUGUGAUCGACGCUUGUCUCACGCCAUCCCAAGGCUCGCAAACAGACAUGGUCAUCACCAGUCCUCCCAGGACUCUUCCCAGGACUAAAGACACGGGAGACAUGGUUCCCGGGGAUCCGGAUAGGGACAGGGAUCGGGACAGUUGCCUGCCGGUUUUCCAGGUGCGUCCGUCCCCUUCAUCCUCCCCGGCGCUCCUCCACAGGACCUCCUCCUCACAAGAGGGCCCUGUGAUCCGGAUCGACCUCCCAAGGAAGAGGUAUCCGGCCUGGGAUGCCCACUUCAUUGACCGUCGCCUUCGCAAGACCAUCUUACUUCUGGAGACCACGUCAGCGUCCAGCCCCAGGAUACAAUACCGGAGUAGCAUGAUGGGCAGCAAAGAGGUGCUGGAGUAUGAGACCACUGUUUAGACGACGCGGGCUUCUUACACUGUAGAAAUGCAGUCUUGGGUCAAAGCUCAGCCAGAGACCAGUUCUCAUCCCAGGGCUCGCUCUGCCAGGAGACACUCAGACAUUGAACAUGGACAGUUUUUUGUUGUCACAAAAGACGGGUGUCUAUACUUGAUUGUAAAAUGUGAAGUGCAAUCCCUGGCCAAGGCACUCUCUCCGCUUGACCAGGUCCUGGUUGAAGCUGAUGAGGGAGUAGGAAUCGGAUAAUCGUUGUCUAAUUGAAACGCUUGGAGGUGAGAAAUUUAAUCUCUCAUGGUGGGACAGAGAAGUGCAGUAUUAGAUUUCAUCCUUCAUGUCAGAAUGAGAUUAAUGAGAUGAUGCAUGAAUGAACAUGAGCUCAAGACUGUGGAAAGCCCUCGCCCCCUACUAUCUGCUAAAAAAGGGGGGAGGUGAUAAUUCAAAGACUGGGACCUGGAAUUCUUGAAGAGCAAACUCACAUGCUGACAAAAGCCUUCCAUCCGUAAUUUAAAUGUUACCGUUAAUCAAAACUAGACUGAAAAAAAAGAUCUUUAGUGUAAAAACAAAAGCGAAAAAGAUAGCAAUUGAACAUUGAGCAGAGUUCGAACUUAAUGUUGAGAGUACAAAACAUUUUGACUGUUGUCUCACCGAGUGAAAACAUAAUCACAACUUCCAGUCGAUUGCAUGUCCUUCUGACCUCGGAAAACAUAACACACGCGCCCUUCUAGGUACACAUAAUGGGAUAAAGUGUUUACAUCACAUGAUCAAGGACUGGCGGGACUAGAAAGCCACGACACACUGUUGUACAGUCAAGUAAAUACUAAUGUCAGAUAUAAGCUAGUAAAACACGUAGUUACUGUAGGUGACCAGUGACUCGACAGAGUCUAAAUGUUAAUUCAAGUUGACUUUUAGCAAAAGAUUCAUAGUGGGGCUCAUAGUUCUUCUACAGUCUUUUUCACUUUUUAUUGGGAAAGUAUGUUUGAAUUGUCUGUCAAGCGAGUGAGGAUGAGCGUUAUCGAGGGUUGGUGUAAUUGUCAUUUGGAAAUACAACCUUGAGUUCACAAUGGUAAUAUCCCCAAAAGAAAAUUUAGCUAGGCUAACAAGUUAGGAUGUCAAGCGCGAGAGUGAAUUAGUUUUUGAAGGGCAAUGUCGUUUACAAAAGGAAACCGCAUACCAGCCUUUUAUUCACGGAUAAGCUACACUCACAGGUAAAAUAAAGAAAGAGCAUAAUUGAUUUUAAAAAUCAAAUGGUGACGUUAGCACAACCACUUGUGUCGAAGCUAAGUGCCUUGAAAAAGUAUUCUUACACCUUGAACAUUUUCACAUUUUGCCACCUUACAACAACAAAUAUUGGUUAUUAAGAUUUUGUGUGAUUGGCCAACACAAAGCAGGAAAUAACUAAAUUGGAACAAAUUUUAAGAGAAUUAAAUUCUGAAAAAUGCGGUGUGCAUUUGUAUUCAGCCCCCCUCAAUAUGAUGAGUUACCUUUCAACAGGUCAAGUAUUUUGGGGAAUUUCUCUACCAGCUUUGCUCAUCUUUAAAUGGAAAUGUUUGAUUUGGGGACACCACAUUUUUCCCGCAUACACAUUCAAGUAAAAUUUUGAAAACCAUUUUUCCUUCCUAGCUGACUACACAAGUAUGUGCUACUUUGUGUUGGUCUUUCACAUUCAAUCUCAACAAAAAUACACUCAAAUUUGUGAUUGUAUGGUCACAAAAAUGCAACAACAACAAAAGUACAAGGGGUAUGAAUAUGUUUUUUAAGGAACUGUAAAUUCAGGCACUUCUCACAAGCUUAAUAUUUUCACAGACAACUUCAAUUUUCCUUGGGACAAUUUUCUUUUGUGAUUUAAAUGUAGUAUAGGAAAAGUAAAAACAUAAGGUACCGUGAAGAUCUUAGUCCCCCAUUAGAUAUUUCUUUUGUGCAGCCCUCCAACAUGGCUGAGCUAUUCACUAAAGUAUGAUUAAUAGGGUGUUGUCAUAUAAUAUUUGUGUUAGUUUGUCCAUCUUUUGGUCAGUAGGGAGCCUACUUCCUGGUUCAUGGAGGGCGAUGAACAGACGGAGUGCCAUAGUAACUCUGAUGAUGAAAUGGUGCGAUUGAUAUCAUUGUCAGAAGAUAAAGAUAACCCGUGUCAACACUUUUAAAACAGCAAAGCUAAUGAUGGCUGUACAGUAGUGUAUGCGGAUGUACGUGAGAUACUUUUUAUUGACAUAACUGCGUUUUUGGUGUAUUUUUUGUUUUUCUAAUUCUGACUUGUCAGAGAAGGGACUAUUUGCAUAAGGAUAAUAUCAGCCUGAUUGGGGUGCUGGAUUUUUUUACUCAACGUAACACUUCAAAAAUUACUUUGGAAUCCCAGUCAUAAUGUUGCAAUACAAAUUAGACCACAGUUUUUUGGUGGAUUUUGUAGCCAAAACUCAAAAAGUACUCCCCCCGGUUGAUAUGAAAUACAACGUGCUAGUAUGCGGUGAUGCCAGGAAGAAGAAAAAACACCUCAGUAAAAGUUUUAUCAGUGCUGAAGUUAUCUGCUCCCUUCCUUUCGGACCCUUGUACUCACGAGGUGCUUAUCACGCAUUCAUGUUAAAUCAAAAAGUGCCAAAAUGACGAAGACUGCUGCUUUUUCCCCCCAGUAUAAUAUGUUUGCGAUACAGUACAGUACAUUCAGGCAGUAUCCAGACCCUGCAUCCUCUUUUUGACACUUAUGUAUGUAGCUGACUUAUAGAAGAAGAAAAAAGUAUCAGUAUUAACCUCCCUUCUCCAUGAGUGGUGGAAAGGUUUGAUAUUUUUUAAACAGUCACCAAUAAUUUGAAAAGGCAAAAGAUUGACAUCAACAGAACUAAAGUGGAACUGCAACAACUGCAAGAAUUUUACCUUGAGUUGUAAUUAAGAGCUGACAUUUCAAGAAUUAAAAAAAUAUAUAUAUCUAGCUGUUGCUGAACCCAACCCUUAAUUAUGAAUAUAAUCAAGAAAUAAUUUUGUAUUGUUAUUAUUGGCGUUAUUGUUAUGGUGCUAGAAAGAAAAGAGGGGAUAUUUGGAUUCAUUCUCGGAUGAGCAUUAAUUUCAGGAUUUAAAACAAAACAUGGAAAAAUACAAUCUCACAUUUUAUUUUCACACUAACCGCCCAUGACUGACUCCAAAAUGUUCUUUUAUUUUCUACUGCUGUUUGCUCACGUGUCUACUUAUUUUUGAGAAUGUACAUAAUGACAGCACACCGAGGUCAUGCGUCAAGAGGAGCUUGUCCCCCGACAAGCGAUGAGCGCAAAGAUCAAAUCAGUGUUGUUGUCAUGAUAACACAACUCGUGGAUGUUAAUGGUGCUGCAAAAGACAACUCAGCCUCGCCCCCCCCCCCCCCCCUUCCAUCAUGUCAAACAUGAUAAGCUAAUGUACAGAAGUUGCCGGUUGUUGAGGGCGGGGCUUCGUUCUCUCAUGAACCAAUCCUUUUGUUUUUGCUGUGGUAAUUAUUUAUUAUUAACUUGAAAUGUAAAAGAAACAAAUCAAUCAUAUUCUAUUAAUUGAAGCAACUUUGACUAUUUAUGUUUAUUUUUGUAUUUGUUUUAUAUAUAUUUCCUAUUGUUUCAUCACUGGGUGGCCAUAUCUUUGGUAUGACUCUUACAUUAAGAUGUUAAAUUAGAUUUUUUUACUCAUUCCGUCUAUAUGUAAAUAAAAAAACUAGGAUGUGUGCGUGCGUGUGUUGUGUGUACUGUGUGUGGAGGCAGGCUGAACACGCCGCAUCAUAUUCUUCAGAGUGAAACUUUCUUGAUGGUGUUAUAAAUAAAUGAAAAAAAGAACUCAACAAG